AUGGCCAGACCAACAAUAUUUCCACCCAAAAAAGAUAAUAAUGGUACUCAAUUGAUCAGUCGGUUAAAUCAAUUGAUAUCAAUCACCGAAUCAUUAGCCACACUCACUUCAAUACAGCGACAAGAAUUAGUCAAAUUGUUUCGCAUGACAAUUGAUAUGAUUAUUCUUCGAACAAAUCAACUAUCUACCGAAUUCAUAAACAAAUGCACUCGUUUGGUGAAUAGCUAUAAAAACUUAAUUAUGGCAAUUACUUCAAAUGAACAACAGCUGACACAAGGUCUAUUCCCACGACCACAGCAGCUACCACAACUGCACCCACAACCACUGUUAUCAUUUCCAGCGUUGUCAAACUUGCGUACCCCAGGAAGAUCUCACAUCAGUACGCCAAAUCUUCAAAUCAGGAAAUAUGGAAUUUUCCACGAUAGGGUAUCGAACUUAUCCCCAUCAAUUUCUACCCAAUCAAUGUUUGAAGUUGCCGCUAAUCGAAGAUCAAAAGAUAUCAACAGAAUGCUUUUACCAGACCAAGACCAAAAGAGUUGCUCUGAUGAAAGCGAAUUUGAAGAAGAUGAAUCGCAAGAUUUAAUUUACAAUGGAUCAUCACAUUCUUUGUCUCCAGGACGAUCAAGACUACCGUCGAUGUUUUUGAGCAAUAGGUUAAGUACUCCUAAUUUACAAGUCCAUUUAAAUUUGAGCCAAAAAAAUAGUCAACUGCAAUUGAGAAAUAAUUCAUUUAACUAA